AUGGAUAUUUACGGGUAUCCGUCAUAUCAGUACAAUCAGUCUGAUGAAUUAGCAAAACAAAUGUUCGCACACCAGGCUCUAGCUUCAACGAUGCACUACCCUAACCCAAGUCAUGGAGUGCCUGGGGUUCAAGUACAAGAAGUUCCUGCAUUGCCAGCUCCUACUGGAACACCGUGGAAUGUCCAAAACCUGCCUUGGAGUUUACAAUCUCCACCGAAUCUCGUUCAUUUCACAGCACAAACAGACAAACCAUUAAUUCAUUGUAAAAGAAAAAGUACAGAUAUAGAACCAGUAAUUCCAGCAAAGCAAUUGAUAACAGAGGAAAAAAUGGCAGCACACUUUAACAGUCUUCACAUAUCAUCAGAUUACACACAACACUCACUAGCAUCUGAAGACGUCAUGGAACUCAGUAUUGAUCCAUCAGUAAUUAGUGAAAAACUUAAAGGUCACAAGAUUGUUAUAUCUGAAGAUGUUAAGAAUAUUAAAGAUGAACCGUUACUGCCUGUGUCACUUAUUGAAAGGAUGCAGAAACCACAAAUGUCAUUAGUAGUGUGGAAGCCCAGAGAUGAAAUAAUUAAAUUAAAAACCUAUGACAAGGACCCAGAUGAAUCUGAAGAAAGAGAAAGCAAGAGUAGGAAUGGUGUUCUUGUCCCCCCGGAAAAUUCUGGAAUGGAUGUUGAAAUGUGA